CGCGGCGGUACCGUCAUCUAUAGCAGUGUUGUGUUGACACAUUUGGCAGUUGCAGAGUGCUGUGUCGCACGUCUCAGCGCCAGUAGCAGGUUCCGAGUAAGGCUGUGUGAUCACCCUUGGACACCUGGCAUGGAAAAGCCUCAGAUAUUGGUGUACGCGGAGAAGAGCCUAAACUACAGUGCCUUCGACGUGAAAUGGGUGCCGAAGUCAGCCAAGGCGGUGGUACUAGGGAGCCACCCACGAGGCACUGGAAUACUGCAGGUGUAUGAGCUGAAUGAUGGCAAGCUGGAGCUGCUGCAUGAUGUGGAGCGCUCCAAGGCUCUCAAGUGUGGAACAUUUGGUGCGUCCACCCUAGAGGAACGGCACCUUUGUGCAGGAGACUUUGAUGGGAAGAUGGAAAUCACUGACCUGCAGAGUCCCUCGAUGCCUAUAUACUCUGUCAAGGCUCACAGUCAGAUUGUGAACGCUAUUGCUGGAGUGGGAGGACUCAACAUUGGCAUGGGUGCCCCAGAGAUUGCCACUGGGAGUCGGGAUGGACUGGUCAAGGUGUGGGACCCCAGGCAGAAGGACCGACCAGUCAUCACCAUUGAGCCCCGAGAAGGAGAGCAGGGACGUGAUUGCUGGAGUGUGGCCUUUGGGGAUGCCCACACUGCCGAGGAGCGAACACUGUGUGCUGGCUUUGAUAAUGGAGACAUCAAGAUGUUCGACCUGCGCACCAUGGCUGUCCGCUGGGAGACAAACCUUCAGAAUGGUGUCUGCUCCAUUGAGUUUGACCGCAAAGAUAUUGAAAUGAACAAGCUCCUUGCCACAACACUCGAGUCCAAGUUCCACAUCUUUGAUCUGCGGACAUUCCACCCAGAGAAGGGUUUUGCACAUCUAUCUGACCAAGGCCAUAAGUCAACUGUGUGGUGUGGGAGACAUUUGCCACAAAACAGGGAAAUUUUUGCCACCACUGGAGGGAAUGGUUCUGUGAUGCUAUGGAAAUAUUCUUAUCCUGAGUCACGGGUGAAGAAGCUCAGUGAUGGCUCUGAAGUGGGUGUGGCAGGGAAGCUUGUGCCCCUACAAAAUGCUACACUUGCCACUCAGCCCAUCACAAGUUUCUGCUGGAGUCCUGAUAAGAUGGGACUCAGUGUUUGCUCAGGGCUUGAUCAAGCCAUCAGGGUUGUUAUUGUUACUAAGCUUAAUGUUGUCUAGUCUCAGUCACUGAGCUACAGCAGGUUGUUCUCUUCACACUGAUUUAUAACUUGUAUUUUCUCUCCAAAUGGUUAAUACAUAAAUGUGACUGAUUAUGCUCAAGGCCUAAUUUGCAGAAAAUACCCAUUUGUUAUAAGACGACACCGUGUCUGUCUGAAUCGCUGUGAUAUAAAAGUAUUCCCUUGUUCUGUUACCCAAUGGCUAUGAUUUAUAGAUAUAUCCACCACCAUUAUCAUUCCUCCAUCCUCAAGCCUUCCAUCUGAUGAAACUCUGAUGUUCCAAUGCAAACUUACGUUACUAUAUGUAUGGAUAUGUUUUUUAUGAGUAUGUUACACCACUAAUGAACUGUCCAUGUGCAUGCAUAGAGGCUAAAAUGUUGAUUGACAGCACUGAAAUAUGUUUGCCUUUGGAAAAUUUACUUUCAGAUUUUAAAGUGAUGAAUUAUCAAAUUCUGUAUAUUAAUUUCAAGUGUAAAGACAUGAAUUUAUUAAGGUUCUCAUUGCAAAGAACAUAUCCAUUCAUGAUCAGACAUAUUGGAGUGUUAGGCUUAAACUCUGUACUUUUCAUCUAAGGUAUAGACUGUAUUGAGUGAAGAUGAUAUUUUUGUACCAAAACAAAAUGCAGAGCUGCAGUGCAUCUUUUCUUUGUAGAGAUAUGUAGAUACAAUUUUGUGUUUGAUUAAUUACAACUGAGGAAAUUAUGAAGGUCAGAGUGGCUUUAUAUGCAUAUUACAAAUGUUUGGCUUUUAAGUUUAAUGCAGAUUGAAAAAAACUAUGAAUUGAAUCUAGACUUACAGUAUUUUCAUAGAUGAAUCCUGACAGGAUUCAUCAGAAAUAAUAAUUGACACCACUCAUAAUUUUUAAAGAUUUCACCAGAGCUUCUUGAGAUAUGAAUGUGGUACUGUGCAAUACAGUAUUUAAGAAGAAUGACUCAUUCAUCCCAUGAAUAAUGGCCAUAUUUCUGUAACUAACUUUUCACAGUUCACUGUGUUGGGCAUUGUUUAUAAAUGAUGUACUUUCAUGCCUGUAACAUUGAAUGUACAGAACAAAUUUCUCAGUUCUCAUUAUUUCUCCUACUACUUGGCAGUCUCACUUAUUCUCAUGGAUUAGAGAUAAGACCUUUAGGUGUGCCUGAGCCACCAUGAAACGUGGGCUAAUAAAAAAUUAGUAGUCUUUUCAUUGUAGGUCAAGAAUAAGUGAGACUGCCAUGCAGCAGGAGAAACAGUGAAACUGAGUAAUUUGUGCUGCACAUUCAAAGCAAAACCUUUAACUAAGGGUUCAUGACCUCUCAGUCAGGAGCUAAUUAUUUCUUGAUCAAAAUCACUAUCGAGGAUUAUUAAAAGAUGUGAAGGUAACAGAUAAUGAAAGAUAGUGAAGAAUGCAUAUGGUAACAUAAAAAUACUUGUGUGUAACUUGAAAAUUGGGAAUAAGUAAUGAGGAAAGGAUUUGUGUUCCUAAAAAGAGGACACAAAUUGAAAAAUAUAGGAGGCAUAUACCAGUAGUCUAGUAGAGCAGAGCUCAUGGAGAAAGACAUGAAGAUAAUAGACAAAGCUGUGAAAGGGUCUGUAAGGAAGAAAGCUUGAAUUUUCAUACAGUUUGGGUUUAGACCAGAUAGAGACCACUGAGGUCAUUUUCAUUGUGGGGCAAAUGCAGAAGCAUAUAAUUGAGAGGAAAGAGUUAAUUCUUUUUUUUUUUCAGAUCUAGAGAGAGCCAUUGAUAGGCUGCCAAGGAAAGAGAUUAAAUAUGCUCCAAUUCUGUUGGGAAUCAAGGAGUGAUUUUAGAGUAAUGAUGAUACUGGGAGAGUACCAAAAAUUCAGUAUGGUUCUUCAACCUUUAUUUCAGGGUAUUUGGGUAGAACCACAACAGAUGCUGUAUGUAGAUAUUUUGAUGCUAGCUAUGAGUGAUGUUGAGGCAGAGGUAAAUUUUGAAAUAUGAAAAAUUGAGGGCAUAAAAUCCAAGCAGAUGAGAGAGCUGUGCAUAAAACAAAGGUCACAGUUUCUUGUGAGGGUGAUUGCAUUGCACUGUAAUGUGAUGACAGAACACUUAUGUUAGGGCUAUAAAUGUUGAGGCCCCACCUAUGAUGGUGCUGGCAAAUUUUGAGUAAUUCCUUUGUAAAGGCUCAUGUUACUGUCAAGAGUUCUUUAAUGCAAUUACUGCUGAAGAUAGGGUUGACAGGAAGCAUGUGGAUGUUCAUUCACUUAUCUUGAAAAAUGGUCAUCUAUUAGGACUAGAAGUCACUGAGAUCAUCAUGUGUGAGUGCUGACCACCCACAACACCAAUAGGUACAGCAGGAUUAGAGCCAGGUUAUACAAUGCUAGGUUGUUUGAAAUGUGAAAUAUGCAGGAGAGAUACAAAAGACAAACAAGGAUUGGCUAAAGCAACAAGUUUCUUUUAACUAGGGAAAUUAUUUUUUGUGCAGAAGGCUAGUGGAGUAGCAGGAAUUAGAAGUGUACAGAGAUUCAGGGAACUGUUGCCUUUAUUAACGUUUAAGGAACUCAAAAGGGGAUUUACCAUACAUAUGGUCUGAACAAGGGCUGUAAUUCUGGAUACUAAUGAAGAGUGGACAGUGGAGGAGGAUGGCAUCCACAGGUUAAAAUGGAUGAUGAUUAGCAGGAUGUGAACAACAGACCAGAGACUUUAGACACAGAACUGAGGGAGAGGAAGGGAGUCACUAGGUGGACUAGCUUGAUGAGAUAAAGUAGACUGAUCUGUAUAGACAUGAUAAAGAGAAUGACAGAAAAAAAGAAAAAAAAUUAUACUAGGUAAUUUCUUUUUUAGAUAAACAAGAAAAUUAGGAUAGGAUACUGCAGUUUUGCAAGCUGCCAUUCAGUAAAGGCCUUCACAUGCAAGUAUGUAAAAAGUACUUUAAAAUUAUGAUGAUUUUGCUUUUUGUCAAAUUUUAGUGUCUGUAUUACCUAAUGCCACAUGCACAGCAUUGAGCACUGCUCAGCAGGUACAAGGGUUUUGCCCAUCAGCAGGCAGAUUUAGUGAGCACCAAAUUGCUCAACCCUGUCAUUCAGACAGGAUACAAACAGGGACUGUAGAUUUUGCCCAGUGAAGGCAAGGCAAACACAGUGAGGAACUUGCUGGAAGUGGCUCCAUCUGGUAACAGCUAAAAGGUGAGAGAAAUAAUUUUAAGCUCAGUGGGCGGUGCUUGACGAAGUGGAUGUGGCAUAAGAAGAGAUGUCACUCAUUACCAUGUCUCAUUAAAAAUGUCUUGUAUCAUUUCACAGUGCAGAGGCAAGUGAACAUUAUUUUAUAUGAAAUUUGUGCUGACUGUAAUUUUCUAAUGAGCCUCUAAAUUGCAUAUGGAUAUUAUUACCUGUAUAAAAUUAUUUUUGUUGUUCAACAGACUAAUGGAUGCUCUUGUUUGAUACCUGUAGCUGUACUAUUCCCAUAGCAACUACUAUAGCAGCUUAAUAUAUUUUUAACAGGCACAUGUUUUAUCAUUGUUUGUUUACUAUUUGCUUGUUUAGAAUGAUAUUACCUUUAACAGUUAUUCAGCUGGUGCUAAGUAAUACAUACCUGGGAAUCUCCUCUGUAUUUUUAUUCCCACAAUGAGAAGAUGUUAUGAACAUCUUUAUUGAUAAGACCAGAUGUUUUGACAUCACCUAAGUGUCAUUCUCAGUGGUAUACCUAGUUGCAAGGCAGUGUGUGUAGGCAGUACUGUGCAGACCUUCAAACUGAGAAUCAAUGAGCAUAAAUACCAGUGGAGCAAAUCUGACUGCAGACUGCAUUCUCCUCCCUACUCAGCAGUGAGAGCACACCAAGACAUGAACUCUUUAAAAUUGAUAACAGUUGUAAUACUGACUUGAGAGCACUAGAGUCCAUGUACAUGAAAAUGUUGGCCAUUUUACUGAAUAACACUGCUCUUGCCACUUCUUCCAUGAUAUAACCUUUUAUGAUGAUUUUAAUAUUUUUAAUGCUGACUUUUAAUUGAGCUGUUAUUGUUGUUUCCUUUGGUAUAUCACUAAAGAUAGGUGAUGUCAAAAACAUUUGGUCCUAACAAUAAAAAUGAUGUUUGUAUGAACACUGGGUGUUCUCUUCUUAAUGAAAAUUUGUUUCCCAAAAAACUCACCUAUAUCCGAAGGCAAGGGUGAUGUCCUACUUUGAACAUCUCUCUUUAUGGGGAAUCACAGCCAGGCAUACACACGGCAUUUCUGUUGCCAUGCCUUCAUAUUAUGAAAAGACCUGGGCAUGUUUGUGUACCUGAUGCAUGUGCAGGAGUGGUCUGUGAGGAUCUGUCCACUCUGUCUAUACUGCAUGAGGAUGUGCAUGUGUGCAUGCUUUGUUUUAGUUUUAAUGCUGAUGGAAAUGUCAACCUAAUGGGAGUACAUACAGUAUACGAGUAUAUAUAUAUAUAUAUAUAUAUAUAUAUAUAUAUAUAUAUAUAUAUAUAUAUAUAUAUAUAUAUAUAUAUAUAUAUAUAUAUAUGGGACUGCCAUGGUGCAGUAGGACCAUGUACGCUUUGGGGGCCAAGGAGUCCUUAGUUGCACAGGUUUGAAUCCUGGCCAUGGUUUGUGGGGAGGAAGGGCAUCCACUUGUGGGUAACGGUUCCUAAAUGCCAAAACCAAAAGUCUUUCAUUAGGAGGCACCAUCCUAGGCCUAAUAAAAUAGAGAAGCCAUUUGCAAAACAAAAAUAUAAGGAAAUUUGUUUGAAAAUUAAAAUAUGCCACUUCACCCAGUUGAACUGCAUUUUCUUACUCAUCUCACAAAUAGCAAUACAGUACUAUAAAAUGUUAUUGUGAAAACUAUCACUGAAUAUACUGAAUGUGUGUUGUGUUCUUUGAGAUAAGAUUAUGAUAGAACACUUGAUCAUCAUUAUGUACUACUUCUUUAUAAAACAAUUAUUUUGUGUUAA